GGGGCGCAGCCGCCACAGCUGCCGGCGGGGCCGCGGCCGGGCAGGAUGGUCGGCGGGCGCGAUGGAGCCGCCUGAGGGCUGGGACCCGUACGGGCGGCCGGCCCGGCGCACGCAGUGGCUGGUCAGCGCCCUGGCUUACCACUACGGGCUGGACCGCGGCGUGGAGAACGAGAUCGUCGUGCUGGCCACCGGGCUGGACCAGUACCUGCAGGAGAUCUUCCACCACCUGGACUGCGCCGGGGAGGGCAGGAUCCCCGGCGAGGACUUCCGCACGCUGUGCCAGGUGCUGGGGCUGGAGGAGGCGGCGGAGGCGGCGGCCGACCCCGAGGAGUGCGCGGCGCUGUGGGACGGCCUGUCGGCCGAGCUCACCUUCCGCCAGUUCCACGCGCGGCUGUGCGGCUACUUCAGCACCAAGGCGGGCAGCGCCGUGCCGCGCCUGCCGCUGGGCCGCGAGAGCGAGCACAUCGAGACGCAGAUCCGCCUGCGCAGCCCCCGCCGCCGCCGCCGGCGGGACGCGGCCGGGCCGGGCUCGGGGCGGCGCGGCGGGGAGGCGGCGGAACGGCGGGCGGCCGGGCCGUGCUCGCCGGAGUGCUACGAGGAGAUCGUGGCUCUGGAGCGGGCCGAGGACCGCAUCGCCAAGCUGGAGGAGGAGAACGGCAGCCUGCGGGAGCUGGUGGAGGACAUGCGGGCCGCCCUGCAGAGCAGCGACGCGCGCUGCCUGGCGCUGCAGGUAGGACUGCGGAAAAGCCACGCUAACCAUAAGGAAGAGGGAACCUGUUUUAUAGGGAGUAAGAAACUGUUAACACAGAACCACUCCCAGACCAAGUGCCUUCAGAGUGUCCUGAAAGAAGUAGAACUCAUCCGGAGCUCCAGGGAUGGGCAAAUCGAAGAAGCAAUUAGAUUCAAUCAAGAACUAGAACGAGAGCUGAAGAGCUCUCAGGAAGCACUGGUCAGUCUGGAAGACUGCAACCGUAACCUGAAGAGGGAACAAGCAGAAAUGAGGAAAAAGGUGGAAGAGGCGAGACAGGCAGUCCGUAACAGUCUUGGCAAAGUGAAGGAGCUAGAAGUGAAAGCUAACGAAGUGCCACGUUUGCAAGUUUACAUUCAGCAGCUAGAAUCUGAACUGCAGCACUAUAGAUCAGAAAUGGUGAAAUUUCAGCUUGCUUCCAGAAGCAGCCCAGAGCAGAAAGAUGCAGCAGCGCUGUCAGAUGGAAGAUGCUGCUUCUCUGUUGUGCAACAAGAUCGAACAUCUCCCAUGGGCAGAGCUGGGAUUUCUGAAAACGCAGAUGAGCAGCUGUUCCGGGCAGUGGAGGGCCAGGCGGCCUCUGAUGAAGAGGAGGAGAAGUGGGCAGGAGACCAGCAGCCCCAGGCAGCCUAUGUAAAGGAAAUAGUGGCCAAGCUCCCUUGCUGUGGCAGCGGAUGUGAUGAAAAAAAACGGAAAAAGUUCAUGACGUACUUGGAGACCAGCAGUGCUGAUGGCUAUGAAGCUGCUGAGGAGCUAGAGGAGCGAAUCAGCCAGCUCUGUGAGCAGCUGGAGCUUAAGGGGCACGAGGUGAAGAAACUGGAAACAGAUAUGGAGGAGAUGAAAGGCCCAUUGCUAACUGAACUGCAGCAAAAGGUGGAGGAAACGGAAAUGUUGAAGAUGGAGCUACAGAUGUUGGAGACUGAGAGAGUUAGGCUGUCACUGGUGGAAGAAAAGCUCAUGGAUGUUUUACAGCUUCUUCAACAGCUGCGAGACUUGAACAUAUCUAAGCGAGCCUUGGGGAAAAUCUUGCUGAGCACUUUGGAAUCCUGUCAUGACCCCCAACAUGGAAAAGCCCACCUGUUUGAAGUCCUAGAUACUCUUUACCAUGAGUUGACAGCCUGUGAAAUCUUACAAAGCCAGCCUCUGGAGAAGGCUCAGAGUCGCCAGUCCUUGUCUAACCCACUGGUCAUCUCCUGCUGAGCAGCAGUGCCAGCUACAGCCACACGACCAGCUGAGCAACAGCUCUCAUUCAUUCAAAGAUGGGAUGAAUGAAUAAGAUUUGUCAAAUUCAAAGUAGCUCAGUAAUGGAGAAGAGCAACAGAAUAAUAAAGCCAUGAUAUCAAACGUCUGCCAUUUCUGGGAAGAGCAUUGGUUUGUCAGCUAACAUCACGUCCUCCCUUAAGUUAAAGAGCAUUACCUUACUUAGCAGCUUAGCCACGCUUGCACAAUGGACCUGGAACUGAACUGGUUAACCAAAUAAAAAGAAUUCCAAAUACAUCAACCUGACCCAUUUAGAUUUACAGCCCUGGUUAUGCGCUGCCUGAGCACAAAUUCUAGCUUUUGUCAUAACUCAGUUCAAAAGCAAAAGUCUGCCUAUGUAUUCAGUGGCAAGUAAAGUGCUUCUGUAACAUACAAGUAACCAAAUGACUAUAUUAAAAACAUACACUCAAGUGUAUGCCAGUAGUGCAAGUCUUAAGGACUCAUGUAUAAAAUAUAUUUGUGUGCGUCUGUAUAUGUGAUUCAGUUAUUCAUUUUAUUUAAUGCUAAAGAUACAUUUGCUAUCGCUAUGCUGAAUUUCAUAUUUGCAAUUACACAGAUGCCUACAAUAGCCCUUCCUGACAAAAGGCUUAGAUUUUAUAUUAAAAUUUGCAUUUUACUUCUUGGAAAAGGUAUAAUACAACAUUGCUCCCCAGCCCAAGGGGAAGGACUGAAACAUUCACUUUGCAGCAGCUGCCAUUGUUGCACAAGCAAAAGCCACGUGCAGUACCUGACCUUGUUCUCUCAUUUAAUUUCUCUCAGUGCAAGUGGACUUACACAAAGAUGGACCCCACUAGCAAACAAAUUAAAGUAAAAUGCUGAGCCUAACCAUGGUGUCAUUUUAAUCAGCAACCAAAUAAUUCCUGGGGGCAGAAUUGGAAGAAAAAUACAUAUUGCUUCCAUAAUAGUUUCACUGUUUUAUUCAACUCUCAAACAUAGGAAUUAAGAAGCAAAGUCCCUAAACCAUUCAGUUGAACUUACGUUAUUUAGAAAAUGCGCUGGAGAUCUUCUAAGAAUAUGAAUUUAUUUGCCUGAGAUAGUGCCAGCGAUGAAAUAAGGCCAUUCAAUUCAGAACUGUGCAUAUAUGAAUUUUUUUUUCCAUGAAAAUUGAUUUCAUAUGAAAAAAAAGAUCCAUGCCACAAUCCAAUUUGGGGAUUAAGAGGAUUUCUAUUUCUUUUUGUUCAUAAUGCACUCUAUAGCUUAUAUAUGCCUAGGACUUUCCCAGAAA